GAAGCGAACGCUGCAACUGUUGCUGCUGCAGUUGACCAGCGAGCGAAGCGUCAAAGAGGCAGCUGUUUGUCAUCGAGUUUAAAAAAAGUCUAAAUCUUUACAAAGACGAUGAUCUCUCUGACGGAUUCCCAAAAAAUAGGGAUGGGACUCACGGGCUUCGGAGUGUUUUUCCUCUUUUUCGGGAUGAUUCUGUUUUUCGACAAAGCACUCCUCGCGAUCGGAAACAUCCUGUUUGUGAUCGGUUUGGCCUUCGUCAUCGGCCUGGAGAGGACGUUCAGGUUCUUCUUCCAGAAGCACAAGAUGAAGGCCACCAGCUUCUUCCUCGGAGGCGUGUUGGUGGUGCUGAUCGGGUGGCCGAUCGUCGGCGUGGUGCUGGAGUUUUACGGCUUCUUCCUUCUGUUCAGGGGUUUCUUUCCAGUGGUUAUCGGGUUCAUCAGGAGGAUACCCAUCCUGGGCUCUUUGUUGAAUCUGCCUUUCAUCAGUGGGUAUGUGGACCGAGCGAGCGAGAGCACCAGCAUGGUAUAACCACACCGUGCGCUUCUUCCUCCUUAAUUAUGACGGAUUUCCUGAAACAAACUGUUUUAAGAUCCUGUUCUGAAAGCCAUAAUACUUUUUUUACUUUUUAAAGGGAGUGUGUGUGUGUGUGUGUGUUUUAUUUUGGACCUACGGAAAGCCAAUCCUUGAACUGAGUGGGAACUGAAGCAGACAAGCAUGCGGUGUUAUUUAUAUCUAUAUUAUAAGGUCUGUUAUCGCCGUAUCCAAGAAAAAGAAAAAAAAAUCCCGUCCGUCCUUGUUCGAGUUCACGGAUCGAACGGUGACGAAGAGGAUGCCGUGUGGGACGACGAAGACCGACGAAGGGUUUGUUCUGUUACACUGAUGCCACUUUGCUCUGCUUUGGUUUGCUUCAGCUCAGAGCAGGACACCAUGACGACGUUAACGUCUCUGUGUUGAGAGACUGUUAAGUAAAACAUGCUUGAUCUUUGUAAAUACAGUUUAAAAACCACAACAAACACAGUGCACUUUUAUAAUUAUAUAAAAAAAAAAAACAGGACGUGAUCCGAGACAUCAGCAGGAUUUCAGCGGCCUGAGAGCAAAUCAUCGUCCCCCCCCCCCCCCCUUUCAUUUAUAUAAAAAGCUUUAUGUUGUAUUUAUUUGAAAUAUAUUUCUUUCCAGGUGAAUAUAUUUAUCUCCAAAAUUUCCUUUAUUAUUAUUUUUUUUUUUAAACCUUUUUUAUUUGGUGCAUGUACUGCUCUGCGUUUUUUUUUUUGUUUUUUUUUUUGGUAGAAGAAAUAAAAUGAGUGAAAAUGAGUGAAAAUUCACAUUUUAUAUUCAUUUCUACUCAUAAAAUAUUUUUUAAAUAUUUUAUUUUAAUGUUUACUUUUUUUUUUAAGAGUUUUCCUUUUUAGUUUAUAGGGUGCCAAUAAUUUAGAAAAAAAUGUCUUUAUACUGUAAUUAUUUUAUAAUGUGGUGAAAGUAUUUUAAUUCUCUGUAUUUCUUUUUUUUUCAUUUUUAAAUCUCAUGAUUGAGGCUGAAAUAUAUAUUUUUUUAUUUAAUAAGAAACUAUAAAAGAUUUGAAAUUAAUUCUAAAAUAUUUGGUUUGGUUUUAGAAAUUGCUCCUCAGCAAAUUUGUAUAUAAUUAUGUAAGUGUUAAAAAGCAGAAGUUUUGCAUUGUUGCAGUAGGAAAAAAAAUAAAUCAUUAAAAUUAAAAUCGUAAAAAUCGAUUUAUCGAAACGAUGAAAAUAAAGAAAAUCAGAAAAUUGUAAUUUUUCGUCUUGAGUAGAUUUAUUUAGGAUAAAGUUACGGUUUCCUUUGUUUUUCUUAUUUAUUUAUUUUUAUUUAUUUAUUUUAAUGUAGGCCAUAAUAUUAAAAUGAAUUAAAAUCCAGAAUUGUGACAUUUAGUAAUUAUUAAAAAUAUCCCACAAUUCUAACAGAAUUAGACAGAUUAUGACACAAAACUACGAGUUUGAGGAUGAUUUUGAACACGACGCUCCCACCACCGUGCUUCACCAUGCAGGUCUCAGGCUGUUAGAAAUCUUUGGGCAAAAUGUUUCAAUUGUUCAACAAAUCUUUUCUCAGGCAGAAAAAAAAAUCAAAUAAAAAGAUCAAACGCA